AUGGUCUCCUCCAUCCUCCUCCUCCUCCUGACGACGGCUUUUGCCUCGUACGCCUCCGCCGGCCGCGUCUUGGUCGGCUUCCGCACCGUCUGCGAGGCCGAGGCCGAGGCGAUCAAGGAGCUCGGCUCCGUGUCCUGGGACCCGGAACAUCCUUCGGCCAAGUCGGACGGCCAGCUGGGCUUGGGCAAAUCGCACAGCAACACGCCCGGGCUGUGGUCGGGCGCCAUCGCAGCGAAUCAGGGCGGCGACUGGUUCUGCUACACGACGGCCGAAGAUUCCAUGAUCAAAAGAGCCGUCAAGGUCUGGAUCAACCCGCUCGAGGAGGAAGGCAAGAGCCUCUACCCUUACGACGAGGCCAGAAUCCAGGAGGUGCUUGCCGGCGCGGGCGCCGCGAAGCCUGCAACGACCCUCCGCCUGGGGCGGAUCAUGGACGGCGAGGAGCUGCUGAUCCCGGCCGCGUCGCUCCCGCAGCCCGACGACAAAACGGGCGGGAAGCUGCUCCUGAAGACGUUUUGUUUCCCGUCCAUGAGGGAAAUGAAGGCGCACAUGAAGAAGAACGGCGUCCCGGAGGUGGCCGACUACGACGACGUCAACACCUUUGCGAACCAGGCCAAAUACCGCGCCGUGGACCAGACGAGCAAGCAGUCCAGCGAUGACGACGAGGACGAGGGCGAGGCGGCGGCGGCGGCGGCGGCGGCGGCUGCUCCCGCGCGCAUGCUCCGGUUCAUGCCCCGCGACCCAGAGACCCUGAACAAGAUGCGCGGGGCCGCGCGGGCGCCCGCGGCGACCGGCGCUCCUUCCCCCGGCACAUAUGUGCUCGCCCCCGGCUACACCAUCACCAUGUUCAAGAAUCCCGCCUCCAAGAGCUUCCCCGCCCUAAAGGUCGAUGUAUGCCCCGCGAGGCAGGCUGCGGGCCGGAGGCCCAGCACCGGCGGGGCCAGGACGCCGCAGUCGCCGAGCACGGCCAAGAAUGCUCUCACGGGCGGCGCCACGAAGCUUGCUAACACCCAACUCCAGCCGCAGCAGCAGCAGAAGGGCCUUUUGAAGUCGACCGCAGGUGCUAAUACCGCUCAGGCUGCUAACCUCGCUAACCCUGCUCUUGGUACUAAGACACAGCAGCAGCAACAGCAGCAACAGCAGAAGGACCUUGCCAAAUCAUCUGCCGGUGCUAGAGCCGCUCCCGCCGCCAAAGCGCCCGUCAAUGCUGCUCCGGCUAAUGGGCUCAGGCCAGCCGUCAGGUCCUGA